CAGGGAUGGAUCAGCCACAGCUUCUCUGUACACCCUGACCAGGGCCUCACCACCCUUACCUUGUGGGGGUUUUGCUCCUCUGGCUGGUAGAGCUGAAACUUGAGCCCUUUCCUGUGCAGAGGCUUUCCAGGAGGAAACUCUUCUGCCUGUCCUGCAGAGUGUCUGCUUAGUGGUGGAGAUGGCCAAUGUGACUGUGAAUAUGGAAAAAACACAAGUAAAGUCUGAGAUGGGAAUUGCUGAAUGCCACAACUGAAGUGUUUAUUUCAGAGGCUCCAUAGAAGCUCAAGCACUGGGACAGGGUCACUCAAAGCCGUGCACAGAUGAGAACAGAACUGAAGGCAGCAGGUCAAGCAUGCAUGAAGUGCCUGGCAGAGCCCAGGCACAGACUGGAGGCAUGGCAGCAAGUUGGGGUUUUGUCUCAGGGUUUCCCCACUCAUCACGUUUCUGAGCACAGCCUCGUAAGCCACACCAAAUCCAAUAAGAAUCAUUUCAAUUAGCUUGUCCAGUGUCGAACCUUCCCACAGCAGUGCUCCCACUCCUGCAAGCCCCAGCACUGCCUCGUGGCUCAAUAACCCCUAGAGCUGAAGUUAAAUCAGAUUUUGCCAGACCAUCUGUCAGCUUGCUUGAGCCGAGCACAGCCGUGUGCCAUGCACAGAGGAGCCAGUGGAAGAUUUUUGCAUUUUCUGACUAGACAAGUUGAUUUUAUAAAGCUGAUUACUUUUUAUUCGAGGUGGGGACAGAGGGAAGUUUUGCUGGGAUUGCUCUUGCCCACAUCAGGCAUCGUUUCUCCCAGAGAUCUGUGGUUCCUUGCCUCCAAUACCUUUCCUUUGUGCGGAUGGUUGGUGUUCAUUCCACAUUUGGUACAUGUACAACAGCAGACACUUAAAAGCUGGGAAUGAAAGUGGCUUGUGGUAAUUAUCACAAAAUUAAAGAUAAUCUCCUGCUCUGGAAUGGUGACAAAGUGCAGAAACGAGAUUAGUGCAGCAGGAGAGCAUUGACAGCCAUGCACAUUCCCCUGGCCCAGGGCUCUCAGCUGUGCUCCCAGCGAUUUCCAGUGCUCAGUCUGGAGCAGCAUUGGCUCCUCUGGGUUCCCCCAUGGUCUGGAAGUGCUACUUCAGCUUGUGCCGUGGAAGCUCUUAGCCAAAUGCUCACUCAGAACUUUAUUUCCCGCUCUCUGGGCCAUUGCAGGGUGUUUUGUUCAACGAUCACAAAAUUGUGUUGGCUUAGGCAAAAAACUAAUUAUUCAGCACAGUUUGAGCUCGCAGUGGUCCUGAGCCAAGUGCUGCUGCAGUCUGAGAGCUAGAGGAGUGACAGAGUUCAUGUCACUUGUGGUGUGUAUCACCCACCCGUGUCACCUGAGGGGACCCAGCCUGAGUGUGUGAGCGAGGGGAGCUGCUCUGCACCCCUCAGUUCCCACUCUGCUCACUUCCCUCUGCCUGUUUGCAAUGGGAUUGUGUGACACAGGGAGUGGCAUUUCAGUGACUAUUCCUGAGGCAGGAGUUGGGCACUGUUUAAAAGAGAAUAACAAGAAGUGACUCUUCCGGUGCUGCCCUGGCUCUGCCCCACAGGCUGGGCUGUAGGCUCUGCAGACAGCUCCAAAUGCCACGUGACAAGACCUGUUUCAGAUGAGGGACUGCCCAUUUUGUGGAGAUCAGGAUGGUGAGACGCCUGCAGCACUUCCGAGUCUGGGCCCAAAGAAGACAGCUGUCACUGAGGGCCCAUCACUGCCAGGACAGCCGGGCCAAGGAAAGAAGAUUGGCCAUCGAAGCGUGGAUGCUUCUGGGGAAACCACCUACAAAAAGACCACCUCAUCCACUCUGAAGGGGGCCAUCCAGCUGGGGAUUGGAUAUACUGUGGGCAAUCUGAGCUCCAAGCCAGAGAGGGAUGUCUUGAUGCAGGACUUUUACGUGGUGGAGAGCAUUUUUUUUCCAAGUGAAGGCAGUAACCUCACCCCAGCUCACCACUACGCCGACUUCAGGUUCAAGACCUAUGCCCCAGUGGCUUUCCGAUACUUCCGAGAGCUCUUUGGGAUUCGUCCAGAUGAUUAUUUGUAUUCGUUAUGUAACGAGCCUCUGAUCGAGCUGUCCAACCCUGGGGCCAGCGGCUCCCUCUUCUAUGUCACCAGCGACGAUGAAUUCAUCAUAAAAACUGUGAUGCACAAGGAAGCUGAAUUCCUGCAGAAGCUCCUUCCUGGAUACUACAUGAAUCUGAACCAGAACCCCCGGACACUGCUGCCCAAGUUUUAUGGACUAUACUGUGUGCAGUCCGGGGGCAAAAACAUCCGCGUGGUCGUGAUGAACAACAUCCUGCCUCGGGUGGUGAAAAUGCACCUGAAAUUCGACCUCAAAGGGUCGACCUACAAACGCCGGGCAUCCAAGAAGGAAAAAGAAAAGUCCAGCCCUACGUACAAGGAUCUGGACUUCAUCCAAGACAUGCCCGAGGGCCUGAUGUUGGAUGCAGACACCUUCAGUGCUUUGGUGAAGACGUUGCAGCGAGACUGUCUGGUAUUGGAAAGUUUUAAAAUCAUGGACUACAGCCUCCUGCUUGGGGUUCAUAACAUAGACCAGCACGAGAGGGAGCAGCUGUCGGAGGGAGCCCACAGCACGUCGGAUGAGAAGCGUCCCGUGGGGCAGAAGGCCCUGUACUCCACAGCCAUGGAGUCCAUCCAGGGAGGGGCUGCCCGGGGCGAGUCCAUAGACACGGAUGACACGAUGGGAGGGAUCCCAGCAGUGAACGGCAAAGGAGAGCGUCUCCUGCUGCACGUAGGAAUCAUAGAUAUCCUGCAGUCAUACAGGUUCAUCAAGAAGUUGGAACACACCUGGAAGGCCCUUGUCCAUGAUGGGGACACGGUGUCAGUACACAGACCCAGCUUUUAUGCAGAGAGAUUCUUCAAAUUCAUGACCAACACGGUGUUUCGAAAGAAUUCCUCUCUGAAGUCCUCCCCCUCGAAGAAGGGGCGCAGUGCCUUGCUGGCUGUGAAGACGGCGGGUCCCACCGCGGCGUUCUCGGCCAGCCAGCUGGCCUCCGACAAGGAUGACACCCAGUACGACCUGCGGGCGGCCAGGAGCUACCCCACGCUCGAUGAUGAAGGUGCUAAACCUAACCAGGACAGGGAAGAAGGCAGGCCAGACCUGCUCCCUUGCACUCCUCCUUCCUUUGAAGAAGCUACCACGGCCUCCAUAGCCACGACACUAUCGUCAACAUCUCUGUCUGUUCCCGAGCGAUCGCCCUCGGAGACCUCUGAGCAGCCCAGGUACAGGAGGCGUACACACUCCUCAGGGCAGGAUGGCAGGUCACACGAGGAGGUGCGGGUCGAGGAGGAGGUUCAGCAAAUCAGUGUCGAGCUGGAGCCCAAGUGUGACGUUGAGAUUGUAGCUCCCGAAGAAGAAGAAGUCAAAGAAGAGGCAGCUUCUUCAGCCUGUGCCAUUGUCACAUCCACAGCCACUGUAGAGGUGGAGACGGCCAGCCAGGCCUCAGAACCAGCCAGCCAGGCCUCGGAUGAAGACGACGUGCCAGUCACAGACAUAUACUUUUAAUCUCUAUGCAGACACAGAAGUCCCAGAGAGCAGCGAUUCCCUCUGCAGGUCGAUGUGUUCCCUUUUCGUUGAUGCAGCCAUUCCAGUGGGAUGGGGAAGAGCUUGCUGACACCAGUAUUGCUGCACUGCAGGAUCCCGGGCACUGCGUUUCAGAAUGGAGCAAAACUAUAACCAUGUAUUUCCACUUAUCCCAGACGUGGGCAGCAAAGAAACCACCCGCUCACCCGCAGCUCCUAGCAGAGAAUUCCAGCUGGGUGUAGAGAAUCCUGGGUAGUAACACAGUGUUUUCCAGAUGUGCACUACCGUAGCUACCUAUCCAUGUGUGAUACUGUGAACCUUUUUAAUUUUUUAAUCAUGUAUUUAUUUCUUUUAUCUUUGCACAGAGACAGCACAAAUGUGCUUUUUUAAACAUUUAGUUUACUGCACUUUUUUUUUUUUCUUCCAUAUAUUUGUGCAUCAAAAAGGAGCAUGAGACUUCACUGAAGAAUGGGUAGGAGCACGUUGCUGGGGAGGGCAGGGAGUGGAGUGGCUUCAUGUGAGGCAGCAGUGUGGUCUGACCAACUGAGGGAGUCAGGAGGUUUAAGGCUGUCCAGACUGCCACGGUUUUUCCAAGUGGCCCAAGGCGAGUCACUAAACCACUCUGUGCCUCGGUUUUCCCUGUGCUAGUGGGUGCACAGUACCUGCUUCUGUUACAGCACUUAAACCCUGGGAUGAAAGGUGCUAUGAAAAUGAAAUGUAUUAAAGGCCAUGGAAUAGAAUUGCUCCCAUAUUACCAUAGUCCAAAGCAGCCAUGCCAAUUCACUUGGAUCCAAAUUCUCUAGUGACUUCUCCUGUCUGUAACACUGUGCGGGGCAGCACACAGUUCCUGGUGACAGUGACAUGGACUCCUCAGCUCUCCCCGAAGUCCUGAUGGGUUCCACCUUCACCCUGUGCUGCACUGCUGCACCACCUCUCCCUCUGUGCUUGAAGUCCACACUUCAUCCGAACGGCCGUCACCUGCUCCAGCCCCACAGGCACGGACAGAUGGGAACUGGGCACCUCCCAAGCCCAGCCACGUUGGAGGGCAAGUUCCCCACUCUGCCCAGCCCACGUGGGGCUUGCAUCCUCCUGGAGCCACUCAGCCCCUCACGUGCUUGUGGGUGUACCCUGGGGUCACGGACAGGACACUGGGUUCACAUGUCCCCUCCGCCCCUCAGGGCAGGCAGGGAGACAAGGGCACGUUCACACACUGGAGGCAGGAAUGGGAGCCUGGCUCUGCCACGGAAUUGUGCCAACUGCUGUGCUCGGGACUCUUGGACAGAAAGCUGGGUGACUGGGGUGUUGCCUGGGGUCACAUCUGCUGGUGAAAAUCCCUGCUGCGGGUGUCUGAGAGGGUUUGCUUUGCGAGGGCUGCGUAAAGGUGAGAGAAUUCAAUGUCACAGGGCAGUGUUCAGGCUCAUCCAUCAACGGGACACAUAUCAUAGCAUAGUCUGGAAUCUAGCAAUCCCAUCUUCAUCUCCCAGAGAGAAAACAGGAAAUCCUUUAGACCAGAGGGAGACAGGUCUUGUGUGCUUUAUGAACCUCGCUUGAGAAAGAGGGUUGAAAUCUCUUUAUUUCCUUUACAAUCUUCACUGUCUUUGGGAUUCCUUGUAGAGGGGUGGGGAAGCGGGACCCUGCUCUCAGGCCUCAGUCCCCACAAUCUGUUUUCACAGCAGCACUCAGGAGUGGUUAUGUUGGGUCCCAGAAGGUAGUUGGGCUGAUGGGAAGCUCUUCCUUCUGUGUGCUGAACUUGGUGAGAAUCUUCAGGAAUUGAUGUUUAUUUUCUUGCCUGGAAUACAGGACCUGGACUUCCCUUCCUUGCCUGUAGAUGCAGAAGGCUGUGAGUUGUGCUUCUUGGGAGCACGGUCUGGGAAUUGUGCAAGUUGCUGCUGUUCAUGUAUCCAUGUAUUUACCAAAUAGUCUAUCAAAAGUCAAUCUCAAGAAACUCUCCCCUCUCUGUU